AUGGGGGAGAAGUCAUAUGGGUGUUCUGAUUGUGGGAAAGCUUUCAAUCGGAAAUCUCACCUGGUGACACACCAGAGGACACACACAGGAGAGAAACCCUAUGUGUGUCCAGAUUGUGGGAAAGGCUUCAGUCAGAAUUCCCACCUGGUGACACACCAGAGGACACACACAGGGGAGAAACCGUAUGAGUGUUGGGAUUGUGGGAAAAGUUUCAGUCGGAAUUCCCACCUGGUGAUACACCAGAGGACACACAGAGUGGAGAAAGUGUAUGAAUGUCCAGAUUGUGGGAAAGGUUUCAGUCACAAUUCCAGCCUGGUGAUACACCAGAGGACUCAUACAGGAGAGAAACCAUAUGAGUGUCCCAACUGUGGGAAGACUUUCAGUCGUAAUACUAACCUUGUGAAUCAUCUGAGGACUCACGCAGGAGAGAAAGUGUAUGAGUGUCCAGACUGUGGGAAAAGUUUCAGUCAUAAUUCCACCCUGAUGAUACACCAGAGGACUCACACAGGGGAGAAAGUUUAUGAAUGUCCAGACUGUGGGAAAUGUUUCAGUCACAAAUCCAACCUGAUGAUACACCAGAGGACUCACACAGGGGAUAAACCAUACGAGUGUCCGGAUUGUGGGAAAAGUUUCAGUCAUAAUUCUGCCCUUGCGAUACACCAGAGAAUUCACACCGGAGAAAAACCAUACGAAUGUCCAGAUUGUGGGAAAGGUUUCAGUAAUAAUUCCAACCUUGUGAAACACCAGAGGACUCACGGAGGGGAGAAACCGUAUGAAUGUCCAGAUUGUGGGAAAGGUUUCAGUCAUAAUUCCAACCUGAUGAUACACCAGAGGAUUCACACAGGGGAGAAACCGUAUGAGUGUCCCAAUUGUGGGAAAGGUUUCAGUCAGAAUUCGAACCUUGUUAAACACCUGAGGACUCAUAUUCGGGAGAACCGAUACAAGUGUACAGAUUGUGGGAAAUGUUUCUUUCGUAAUUCCAACCUGAUGAUACACCAGAGGACUCACACAGGAGAGAAACCCUUUGAAUGUCCUGAUUGUGGGAAAAGUUUCAGUAAUAAUUCCAACCUUGUGAAACACAAGAAGACUCACACUGGGGAGAAACCCUAUGAGUGUCCAGAUUGUGGGAAAAGUUUCAAUCAGAAUUCCAACCUGAUGAUACACCAGAGGACUCACACAGGGGAGAAACCGUAUGAGUGCCUGGUCUGUAGAAAAUGUUUCAGUUGGUAUUCUGGCCUGGUGAUACACCAGAGGACUCACACAGGAGAAAAACCAUAUGAGUGUCCUGAUUAUUGUGGGAAAACUUUCAGUCGGAAUUCUCACCUGGUGUUACACCAGAGGACUCACACAGGAGAGAAACCAUAUGAGUGUCCAGAUUGUGGAAAAAGAUUUAGUCGGAAUUCCAACCUGACGAUACACCAGAGGACUCACACAGGAGAGAAACCAUAUGAGUGUCCAGACUGUGGGAAAAGUUUCAGUCAAAAUUCCAAUCUGGUGAUACACCUGAGGAUGCACACAGGACAGAAACCAUAUGAGUGUCCAGACUGUGGGAAAAGUUUCAGUCAGAAUUCUGACCUGGUCAUACAUCAGAGGACACACACAGGAGAAAGACCAUAUGAGUGUCCAGAUUGCGGAAAAAGUUUCAUUCAGAAUUCUGACCUAGUCAUACAUAAGAGGACUCACACUGGGGAGAAACCAUAUGAGUGUCCUGAUUGUGGGAAAGGUUUUAGUCGGAAUUAUGCUCUGGUACUACACCAGAGGACUCAUACUGGGGAGAAACCAUAUGAGUGUCCAGAUUGUGGGAAAAGUUUCAGUCGGAAUUCCCACCUUGUGCUACACCAGAGGAGUCACACAGGAGAGAAACCAUAUGAGUGUCUGGAUUGUGGAAAAAGUUUCAGUCGGAAUUCUGGCCUGGUGAUACACCGGAGAACUCACACUGGAGAGAAACCUUAUGAGUGUCUGGAUUGUGGGAAAAAAUUCAACC